AAAAAAAAAAAAAUAAAAGGGGGGAAAAUAACGAAACAAACGAACAAAAUAAGACAUAUGCAUUAUAUCUGGGUGGUGCGCGGAGCUAGGAGCUUAAUUGACGGUGAACUACAAUGGGAUUGUGAGGCUGCAAAGCUCGGAAGCAGAGUGAAAGAGAGGAACAGAGAACGGAAACAGAGAAAAGGAUCAGCCCAGCAGUGACGGUGCAUGCUGUCCCUCAGUUUGGUCUGUUCUGUUGUGAGAGAGAGACAAAAUGCGCAAUAAACUAAGAGCGUGCACGAAGCCUGGGGUCUUUCUCUUGGCUGAUGGCAGGACUUCCUUUCUAAUGCUGGCUCUGUUGGCAGUUGCUGUCCACGGCAGCUGGCCCGAUGGACAAAUGGAGGUGGUCCAGGACUUGAGGAACCAGUUGGAAGCUUCCAUGCAGUCAUCAGUGCUCACAGACAUAGAAGAGAUGGCCACUGCAGGGGUAGUGCAACCUGCUGGUAUCCCAGACUCAUCUGCAGUCGUGGGCAGGGUAUUUCAGAUGAAGGUUCCCAUAGAAACCACGGAUGCCAAUAUGGUAAAGGUAACCGAGGCUGGCAAGGACAGCUUGCCUUCUUGGCUACACUGGGAUCCCAAAAGCCAUAUGUUACAAGGACUUCCUGUGGAGGCAGAUAAGGGUGUCCAUUACAUCUCUGUCUCGGUUGUGGAGUUGAUGGCUAAUGGGAGCCAUGUUACUCAAACUCCUGAUGUUUUCUCCAUUGAGGUCCAUCCAGAAGAACAUGCUGAUGAUCCUAUCCAACUGGCAAUCCAAUCUGCCAAUGAGGUUCAACCUUUCAUCUGCGGUAAUGAGGAUCCCGUGACUGUUCUGACAGUUAUACUGGAUGCGGAUUUAACAAAAAUGACAUCAUUGCAAAGAGUGGAGCUCUUGAGUAAGAUGAAGAAAUUCUCCGAAGUUAGUCUUCAACAUAUGAAGCUCCUGCCUGUUGUCAAUAACAGACUCUUUGACAUGUCUGCGUUCAUGGCUGGGCCUGGGAAUGCAAAAAAGGUGGUGGAAAAUGGAGCAUUGCUGUCCUGGAAACUGGGCUGUGCCCUUGAUCAGAGUAGCGUUCCUGACAUCAGCAGCGUGCAAGUGCCAGCAAAAGAAGGAACUAUGUCAGCACAGCUGGGUUACCCAGUUGUAGGUUGGCAUAUUGCCAACAAAAAACCCCAUGUUCCCAAAAGGAUCAGACGACAGCUUUAUGCCACCCCCACACCUAUCCCCUCAGCACUGCCUCCAACAACACCUCCUCCUCAACCACCCAUUCACAUAGUGCCAACCCCUACCUCUCCAUCCAUUGCUCCUACCACUGACACUACUGCCCCUCCAGUGAGAGGUCCUGUCCCCCUACCUGUAAAGCCUACGAUCAGAACAAGAGAUCCUAUUGCUCAUACUCCUACCUUAGGGCCUAUUCAGCCUACAAGAGUCUUGGAAACCACAAGUACAAUACCUAUACAACCCACUAUGACGAGACCUGUUUUUGUGGAGGCCACUGCCACUCCAACAUCAUCAACCAUUACUACCAGGAGGCCAAAAACACCUUCUUCCACAAAGAAACCCAGAAAGCAAAAGACAUCCACUCCAGUCCCCAGAGAAAGAAGCACCACCACACCCAAGACUCCCAAAGGUCCCCCAUCUGUUAGCCUACCAGAUACUAGUAACACACCACCACAGCUACGAAAUCACAUUGAUAAGGUGGAUGCCUGGGUUGGCACUUACUUUGAAGUGAAGAUUCCUUCAGAUACAUUUUAUGAUCACCAGGAUGGCACAACAGAUAAGUUGCGUUUGACCCUAAGGAAGAACCAGAAGGAAACAGUUGAGGAUAGUUCUUGGAUACAGUUCAAUAGCACCAGCCAGCUCAUGUAUGGCUUGCCAGACACACCCCAUGUGGGAAAACAUGAAUAUUUCAUGCAUGCGACUGACAAAGGUGGCCUGACUUCGGUGGAUGCUUUUGAGGUUCAUGUGCACCGUUGGCCUCACAAUGACAAGCCACCUGUCCUUUUUGCAGCUCGGUUCCGUGGGGAGCCCCAUAUGGUGACUAAUGAUGUGCACAAGAAGAUUCUCCUCAUUAAGAAACUUGCCUACGCAUUUGGAGAUCGUAACAGCAGCACUGUAACUCUGAAGAACAUCUCAAAGGGUUCCAUUGUGGUCGAGUGGACCAACAAUAGUUUGCAGCAGGACCCUUGUCCAAAAGAACAGAUUCAGGCCAUGAGCAAGAAGAUUUCAGACACCCAAGGCAAACCCACCCUCUCCUUCAACAAUGUCAUGGAGCCAGACUUUAAGCCCAUUAACAUCACUGUCAAGGGGACAGGAAGUUGCAGAAAUUACAUGUUUGUACCACCUGGAAUAAUACAAAUGCCUGUUCCCCCUCCUGCUACGCCUGCAGGAGGUACAGGUCGCCAGAGCACCGAUGACGUGUACUUGCACACAGUCAUCCCAGCAGUGGUGGUAGCUGCCAUUCUUCUAAUUGCUGGCAUAAUUGCCAUGAUCUGCUAUCGAAAAAAGCGGAAGGGAAAACUCACAAUUGAAGACCAGGCCACCUUUAUUAAGAAGGGUGUGCCAAUAAUUUUUGCUGACGAGCUGGAUGAUUCAAAACCCCCACCUUCAUCCAGUAUGCCCCUCAUCCUACAGGAGGAGAAGCCUCCUCUACCACCCCCAGAGUACCCCAAUAUGGUCAGCCCAGAAACCACCCCUCUUAACCAGGACCUUCUGGGCGAGUACACUGCUCUGCGGGACGAGGAUCCUAACGCACCCCCUUAUCAGCCUCCCCCGCCCUUCACUGCCCCUAUGGAAGGGAAAGGCUCUCGUCCAAAGAACAUGACACCCUACAGAUCGCCACCUCCCUACGUGCCACCAUAACAUCUGGGGGAACCUCCAGGAGAGGAGGAGAAGGGAACUUUGCAGUUCCACACCAGUGUUGUCUGUUUGGAAAGUUGGGAGGGAAGGGUGGGGGAGGUAUAACAAGGGAGGGAGGGCUAGGUAUGGCUGCAAAGGGGUUAAGGAAGGAAAAACUCUAGAUGGUAGCCUGCAAGUGCUUUCGUCAAGAACUUAGUCCCUUCCAAUGAUGGCUACAACUGAAACGGCAUACCAAGAGGUACACCCACCCCAGCGUUUUUUGUCCCCCCCGUUUCUUUUUGUUUGUUUUAUGGACUUCAAAUCAAAACCCUUCUUGCCUAACAGCACUCUUUUUAUUGUAUGAACUCUUUAUUUUUAAAUAAUACAAGACAAUAAAAACCAAACAGACUGCAGACUUAAAUGUUUUGUUACAAAAAAAACAUAACCUUGGGGGACAUGUACUGACCAGCAGGCAGCACUGGGGUUGGCGUUCAAUUCAAUAAGGUUUGCCUUUAACACUAAUUGUACUGUUUUUAUCCUUAUUCACAUGUGUCUAGCAAAAAGAAGCAUAACAAGAGGUAGCCUAAAAAUGAGACUUAAAGAAUUUUUUUUUUUCAUUUAAUCCACUGUAUAUCUGAAAAAAAUGUUCUGCUAGAUUUUAUUUUGUUGGUAAGUACCAGAUUGAAAUAACCUGCAGGAAACCUUUUAUAAAAAAAAACUAUGAACAGGGUUUGUCAUUUAAAUAUUUUUUUUAAAAUGGCAGGCUCAUAGUGUCUGCCCACCUGCCAACCCUGGAAAAAAAGCUAAUUUUGAAAUCAUCUGUCAGAAUGCACAUGGCCAUUGGUUUCAUAUUGUAUAUUGGUGCCAUUUUUAUUCCUGAUAUAAAGUGUUACACAAAAAGUGUCUUUGUACCCAGUUGUAUGCCUGUGUAAAUACCUGCAUCAAUAUUGAAAAAUAAGCUGAGCAGUUGUCCAAUAAAAAAGCUUCCUGCAGGUUAUUUUGGAAAGUGGGUUAUUAUUUUUUUUUAUGUAGAGUGAUGCUCUUGUUCUCACAUUAAAAAAACAGUGCAGUAGUACUAUAAUAAGCCUGUGCGAUUGAUCCAUAGCUUUGAAAUCACGGUUCCAGGCACAUGAAUCACUGAAGGCGAGAAGGGGGGGAAUGAAAUGGGUGUUUCAUAAGUGAAAUCAUCAAAAAAAAGAAAAUGAUUAAAAAUUCUCAAUCUAAUUUUUUUACUAAAUUUUUGAUACAGCCUCAAAUUGUUUUAUUAUAAGAGGAAAAAUAGCAUACAGCAAUUUGUAAAAGCUUAGCUUCAUAGGUAAAAUUGAUUCACUGUAUAUCUCUUCUUUCGUCUCAUUGGUCACUCUUUUUUUCCUAAGGUGAAUUUUAGUUCUUAAUGGCCUUUACAAUUUGUUAUCCUUGGGUUAUAUAGUGUUUAUGUUCUCACCUUUUGAACAGUGGCUUUCUCCCACAUUUUAAUUUGAAUGUCUUCUGGAAUGUCUGAUAUUGUCAGCAGAUUCCAUUUUUUUCUUUCUUUUGAAAGUUACCCUUUGCAAUAAUGUUUGGCGCAGUCUUGAGUUGGCGAAAGUCAGGUUGGCAAUGUACAAAGCCAUACUGGGUGGUGCUAAGUGUCUGGUAAUGUGCACUGUUGUGCAUAAAUUUAAGAAGUGAAUGGCUGGAUGUGGCAACCCUUCAUAAUGCCUGUUAAAGGUCCAAAAAUUACUUAUCAUAGCUCUUUAUCUAAUAGAAAAGGUGUGUACUAAUUUUAUACAAUAAUAGUUUAAAUCUCAUUAUAGAGUGUCUAUUUUUAUUUUUUAAAUUAUAGUGAAAUGCUUCCAUUGACAUUGAUAUUUGUGUUAAUAUUCACCAGGGCUGUGAUAUUUUGCAGUUUCCCCAAACCUAUGUAAUAUUUAAGGUUCGCUGCAAUGCUGACUUUAUUUUCCAGUGGCUGAUCAAAACCAGUCACUUCAUAGUGGGUUUCUGCAUGAAGUCCCAACUCUGAGAUUGUCUACUGAUGAAUAAGCUCUGAACUGUCAUGUUCCUUUGUUUUUUGGUUGUUUUUCUCACCUUCUGUAAAAAAGAAUUUAGUAGAAAAGCUACUUGAAAGCUCAUGGUGAGUUCUGGCUUUCAGAAACGUUUAUGGAUGAUAAUGGAGAGGGUUGCAUGUUAGUGUUUUAGUCCUGGUGCUUGUAGUGGAUCCUGAAGAUCAAUCUGCAAUAUAAAUUGUUUUUGUGUGCACAGGAAUGUGAAAUAUGUGCAGCAGAACAAGAAAAAGUUUUAUUAAAUACCCCACCAAAAAUAUGUUUUGCAUAUCAACUUUGCAGUUACCCUUGCACAGGUGGACUACUCAGACUUACCCAUCAAAUGACAUUCACUGCAAAAGCCAGGGUUUUAAUUGUGUUUCUUCACAAAAUACUGAUUUUUUUAUAUACAAACAAGAAUAAAUUAAAACUAGGAUUAUUUGUUAGUGUUCCAAUACUGUAUCCAGUGUUCUUUUUUUUUUUUUCUCCUAUACACCGUUUUCCUUGCGUGUCAAGUUAUUCACCUGAGGAACGGGGUUAAUUUCUAAGCAAUGGAAGUUUUUUUUUUUUUGGAAGUGACCUUUUAUGCCUCUGAACAGUGUGCAACAGCUGUGUGCCUAACUAAAUUCAGUGCUUAAUCCUAAAGGAUAACCACAAAUUCCAACAGAUUCCUCCUGGUUUCUUAGAGCUCUCAUUUGUCCUAUCCACCCUCUGUAGAACCAGAGUGCAUUACAUCGAACAAGAUAAUGGCAUGUACUUGAAUUUUUGAGUUAAGAAAUGGGAACAGGAACUCAACAACAGUGUAUUUAUCUUUAUCACAAAACAAUCUUGACUUGUCAAUCAUAUACUUUGAUACAGAAAGCAACGCAGAGAACACAGGACAAUUCAAAACACCAGGUGGUGAAAAUAGUUUUGUGUGGGUUGAAAGGUUCAGACUGAAUUGCUGUUUUGAAGUUCAGGAGUAUCUGUAGCAGGUUAGAUUCAGGAACAGUAUCCCCCCUUAUCUGCAAUAAUUGUGCACCGAGCAGCACUGCUAAGAUUGUACCGCUAAAAUGUUAAGUUGAAACCUGGCACCUGGUGUAUAUCUGAGGGAAAUUCGUCAUGGUGCUUAUUACCUUAAGACAGCAGCUAUAUCCUUGUCCUUCUGACAUUCUUUUGUUGUUUUGGGUUUUUAUUUGCCAAUAUAAAUGUGUGGAUUCAUGAAAUCAUCACAUCGGCCUUACAUACAUAGCUCCCCGCUGUGCUUUGAAGUGUUGAAGUGUUCGAAGGGGCAGACAUUUUGUUGGCAAUAGAAAGCUUAUGAGAUAUUUACUUUUUACAGUAAUGGUGUUAUUAAUAAUGACAAAAAAAUCCUUAUAACUGGAAUAGGAGGAUAUUAUAUAUGUAUGAAGAAAGAAAAGUAUUUUUUAAAUGUAAAUGUUUUGUAUGUCUUCAGAAAGUUAUAUUAGACCACACUUUUUUUCUCCUUUAAGUUUGUAGUUUCAUGAUUAUCCCCCCCCAGACACACCUUUUUGUAAGUGCAUGUUAUUGAAGCUAGGCCAGUCACAAAGAUGGGUUCACUGUUCUACAAUGAGAGACUUGGCUUAGCUGCAUUGAUGUGGUCCAUCUUCACGUUGGUUCCACAAUGUGGUCAGCGGACACGAUAGCCAAGCCUGAUGAUAAACAGGUAGCACAAGAAACGUUUGCGUGAGUCUAGAAAGCCUGACUACUGUCCAUCACCAUGGCAACUUAACUAAAACGGGGUAAAAUGACUGCUUUGGUAAAGAAUACAAAAAUGAAUCUUUAAAAAAUGCAAACGGCAUUUGUUUUCUUUUUACUGUUUUUAAUAGCAUUGUUUUAUUUAUGCCACUAGACACUGUAUGUUGAACUCUUGUAUUAAAAAGUGUUUUCACCAA